AUGGGUACCUCCACGUACGAUAUCACCUCCCCCGGACCUGCCGAUGGCUCUCUCUCAACUCAGCUGGACACGGCGCACCUUUUGGAAGUGUACACUCCUGAUCCUUGGUCAAACGAAGAGCCUCUGCACCUCCUUCCAAUACCCAUGCCCAUGCCCAUGCCCCUCUUCUCUGCGCCCGUCCAUCUCUCCAAGGAUGCAGCAAGUGAGACGUUUGCCAACUUUUCUGCACUGCCAUCCACCGUCUCUGGUCUCGAUGACAUUAACUGGGACGAAUGGAUCCUGUUCAACCCCUCCCCAGUCGAUGUUCCCCCACCGUCACUCCAGCUGUCGGAUUUCUCCGACGACCCCAUCGAGGAGGCUCACCCAAGCCCAAGCGACGUUGCCGAUGACCCACCCAGUCGACAAGAGCCAACCCCUCCCCUGGCCUUUGACUAUCGCGAAGGCAACACAUCGAAAGGGCCAUUGAAUGACUCAAAUAGUCCCAUCAAGGCUGACCCACACCCAGGCGAGGAACGCCACAUCCAAGCUCACCGAUCGGAGGAAGUUACCCCCCCGGCGUCGGAUCAUUGGGAAGGCGAUGCGUGGCGGGAGACGCUGGAUAAGCAGGAAUACAUUAUCUUGCUCCUUUCCCAGGUGACUAUACAGGCGCUGGUGUCUAAGCGAAACGGGCACGAAGUGUACAAGAUAGUAGGACGGAUGGAUUUACAACAAGCACGGGGAUAUGGCACCCAAGAAAAGCAGUGGAACUCGGGUUCUGCUGGGGUAAUCACGUGCGGUAGAGCGCCUGGGCAACUAGUGCCCAACACCCUUUUCCUCCCUACUAUUGAUUUUGUCAGAUUAGUACCAAGCAUCUUCUGCUCAGCUCCAGAUCUUGAACCUUAG